AUGGGAACAAACGUUACUUAUACUAACAAAUCCUAUGAUUAUGAUUCACCUCUUGGUCCACAUUCCAUUCCCACUAGGAUUGGAACUCGACCUAUACAUUUCACAUCACCGGAUCGUCCGGAAGAAUUUCCCCACGCAGAUGAAUCAGAAUACAUUUCGGUAGAUCAUCCUCCACAAGAAGAUCUUGACAAUCAACUUAAAACGAUCAAUGUUGCUGAUCGGGAUAUGUUUUUGAAUGGUCCCAAACUGACGGGAGGGGGAGAAGAUGAAGACAAUAAUGACCUUCAAUCACUUUUACAUAUUUAUACUACUAGACCAUCAACUGAAUACUCAAGACCGGACGACCAACAAGAAUCGAAUUCAAGAAACCCACGAGAUUCUGCAUCAGGACACAAUGAAGGAUCACAGAACUAUUUAGGAGGAUUAUCAGUAGAUCGAAGCCGAAGGUUGGUUAGUCAUUCAGCCAGUGGAUUUAGAAGUGAAGCUCUAUCAAGGUCUUCACAACUCAACUUGGAUCCUAAUUUCAAUUUAGCUCUCAUGAGUCAUAUUGGAAAAUUCUUGAAAGAUAAUGUUCCCAAAGGUACUAAAAUCAAAGGUAGCAUUGAAUAUCCCCUCGCUUUCACCGGUCGAGAGGCUGUUUCUACUAUCACACAUUGUCUGAAUCGCAUCAACCCAUCCACUAAAUCCACCACACAAGCCACCUUGAAUCGAAAAUUAGCCCUCUCACUUUCACGGAAAUUAUUAUCAGAGUUAUUUUUUCAUGAAGUGAACAACCUGAAUCGGGAGAUCGUCUUGAAUGAUAAAAUUGAUGAAGUUUAUAUGUUUCCAGAUGAUGAAUUGCCUAAUAAUCAAUCGGGUCAAGAGAAUUAUUUUCCACAGGGUGUUUUGACCAAUUUGACCAAGUGUUAUUCGUUUGGGUGUAAAAGUAUUGGGAUUGGAUCUUCAUCUGAAGGCAUUGGGGCUUGCUAUAGUUAUGAUUGUCCGAUGAGGAAAAAGCGAGACUCGGUAUUGGGACGCACAACUAGUCUGCUGGCUAAUAAUUUGGUCUCAGAUACACCUGCUCCAGCAACGGUAGUCCAAACGCAAGAUUGGGCUUCGGUUGUACCCAAGGAAUUGCUGUCAACUUUAGAUUCGAAGGAAAUUGCCCGUCAAUCGAUCAUUUAUGAAAUUAUCUCUGGUGAACAAGAUUAUGUUCAAGAUCUGGAUGAGUUUGAAAAGCUCUUUAUUAAUCCUAUCAAAACAGUCUCUAUUAUUCCACCGGCUCGAGUACAAAGCUUUUUAGAGAAAGUGGUUUCAAAUGUACUAGUGAUCAGGGACCAUAACCGAGUCUUGUUACAAACCUUGAUCGCACGUCAACAGGAUCAACAUCCACUUGUCAAAGGAAUUGGAGAUCUGAUCCUGAACUCUGCUCUCGAAUGGGGUAAUGACUAUAUUCGGUAUACAAAUGAUCAUGUCUUUGGAGAGGUUGAAGUUAAUGAAGAGAAGAAGCACAACCCCUUAUUGGCUGAUCUUUUGAACCAAAUCCCCAAACAAAGUUCAAGGCGAGCUGAUUUCAAACAUUAUUAUUUACGAGCAUCAGUACGAUUACAACGAUAUAUACUUUUGUUGGAUAACUUAUUGAGGAAAACACCAGAAGGACAUGAAGAUCGCUCGAAUAUUGAAACGGCAAUAGAAGUGAUCAAACGACAAUGUAAAGAUGCAAAUUUAUCAGUUGAACUUCAACAAGCUAAAUUGAAUCUGAUUAGACUGAAUGAUGAAAUUGUGGUCAAGCAAGAUACGCCGGAUCUGCAACUCUUAUCGCCCAAUCGACAGUUGAUCUAUAGUGGGAAAGUUGUGAGGAAACCAGAAGGUAGCACCGGACUGUCAGAAUGGACCGAAUUGAAUGUGAUGUUAUUCGAUCAUUAUUUCUUGAUGACCAAGAUGAAAAAGGUAGAUGACACAAAUGUAAGAUAUCAAAUCUGGAGACAACCGAUCAUGUUAGAAUUACUGAGGGUAUCAGGCUUUAAUGAACCAUGUGAACGAAAAUCAAGAGGGUUACGAAAUAUUACGGGGACUCUAGGAGGUGGUGGAAGUAGUAGUCAAGGAUUAGAGAGAGGGAAUAGUGAUCCCACUGGAAAUCAUCAAGUGAAUUAUAAUUCAAUGAAUUCAAAUCAAGAAGAUCGAACGUUACUUUUCCCAUUGACGAUCCAUUCACUUGGUCGACAACCCUAUUCGAUUGUAAUUUAUCUUGAAUCUGAAAGACUCAGACAAACUUGGAAAUCGAAAUUUGAAGAAGCUAUUGGAAUGAGAAACCAAAUAUUAGAAACUUUCAAAGUGUUUGAUUUACAUCCUAUGACCGAUCAAACUUUUGCUGCUACUCAUACUUCUGGUUCUAAUUCCAAUCUUCCUUCUGGAUCAAAUCCGAAUGGUGCAGGAAGUGGUAGUGGUAGUGGGUCUUUGAAUAAUGGUGCUCAUGCUCCUGGAUCGUCUGUCGGUGCAUCUUCUAAUAGCAUGUCGGUCUCGGGUAGUGAACUUGCUUCAAAUAUGCACGGUACACCUACAUGUUCAGUUCCAUUUAAAUCUAGUGAUGGAAAACAAUUAGUAGCAAUCGGAUGUAAUGAUGGACUUUGGAUUGGAUUAAGAAGUGAUCCAAGUUCAGUUAGACAAGUGAUUCAUAUCAGAUCAAUCACACAAUGUGCAGUUUUACAAGAAUUCGGAUUCUUAUUGGUCUUGGCUGAAAAGAUUUUAUUGGCUUAUCCUUUGGAAAGUUUGGUUCCUUCUAGAAAUAGUUUAUCUCAAGCUAAGAAAAAUGGAAUCACUGGUACAAAUGGAGGGAAUGGAGGAAGUGGGAAUGGAGGCAAUGGGACUAUUGCUAGUCGAUUGAGUGGGAAUAAAGAUGUUUUGUUUUUUAGGUGUGGGAAAGUUGGACCUAGGACAUUAGUGAUUUAUGUUAAGAAAGGAGGAGUGAAUCAAACUGUUUUUAAAGCUUUAGAACCUGUAAAGAAUACAGAUAAACCCAAGACAACAACUUCUAGAGGUUUCUUUGGGAUUGGAGGACAAAAAUCUGAAUCAUUUCGUGGUUAUAAAGAAUUUUUCGUUCCAUCAGAAUCAUAUGCCAUUCAAUAUUUACGUAGUACAUUAGCUAUACAUUGUGCAAGAGGAUUUGAGAUUAUGAAUUUAGAUACAUUAAAGACUGCAAGUAUACCUGAUUUUCAUCAGAUCCGACAAAUCGAUCCUAGAUUGGUUUCAUUACAAAGAAGAUGUGAUGAGUCUAGACCAUUAGGAAUGUUUAGAUUAGGUGAAAAUGAAUUCUUAUUAUGUUAUGAUGAAUUCGCAUUCUUUGCAGAUAAACAUGGAGAUCCAUUGAUUGAUAAAUAUGAUUGUAUAAUGAAUUGGGAUGGAAAACCGAAUUCGGUGGCAUAUUCAUCACCUUAUGUGAUUGGGUUCUCGAACACAUUGGUAGAAGUUUGGAAUACGUUGAGUUCGAAGAGAGUUCAAUUGAUCUUAGGUAAUGGGAUGAAUUGUACGUAUGAUGGUGGUAGUUUAGGUGAUGAUGGUACGGUUCAUGUUACUGGACUUGGACAGGGGUAUGGGAGUGGUGGCGCAGGGGGGGUCGGGGUAGGUCAAGUUGAUGAAGGUGAAAGAAGAAUUCAUUUGGUCAUUAAAGAUACGGAUGGGUUUUUUAGGGUGUUUGAAAUGGUGCCUUUAAGAAUUUGA